ACAGUAGUGGGAAAUUUUUUUUUUACUAGUAAGACCCAUUUUACUAGUGCGCUAAAUUGUCUAACAAGUGAGGACGAAGAGUGUCCAUGUACUAGUAAACUCUUUGUCUUCAGCAGUACGUCAACAUUGGCAUACUAGUAGGACAGCUACAUUUUACUAGUAAGGCAAAACUUGACAACUGUGUGCUGUUAGUCCUUCUAGUGACAUAUGAAUUUGUACAAGUUAUCAUGCACUUCACUAGUCGUACUAGUAGUGUGCAAAUAUCAACUUGUGCAAAGUUAUUGCCUCACUAGUAGUAACGUACUUGUCCUACUAGUACGCCAAAGUUGACCGAAAAGUGUGCAGAAACGUCAUCCAGCAGUGGAAAAACCUUUCUACUAGUGUGCUGAAUUGUGCAACCAGUGAGGACAAGGGGCAUCCUUGUACUAGUAGACUCUUCAUACUAGUAGGACAACUACAUAUUUUACUAGUGAGGCAAAACUGUUCACCAGAUUACAACUGUGUGCUACUAGCACUACUGGCGGUAUUAUGAAAUUCUACUUAACAUCUAGUACUAGUGGCACAUAUCUGUUAAGUAGUUCAUAGUUUACGUAGUUGUCCUAGUAUACCAAAGUUGUCCUACUAGUGUGCAGAAAUGUCAUUUUACUAGUGCACUCUAGUUGUUCAUCUAGUGUGCCGAAUUGUACUCCCAGUGAGGACAAAGCGCGUACUAGUAAGAUGGAUAUGGAACAGGUGCAAUGUUGGCAGUACACUUGCAGUUGUGCUUGCGUCCAGCAGAUGGCGACGUGUCAUCACUCCGCAGCGCACUCGUGGUUCCGGGCUUCGAAGGGGGGGGCUCGUUUGCCAACAUUGGAGAGUCACAAGGCUGCCUGGCAACUAUGCUGAGCACGCGUGACCCCUGACCCGCGUUUUAAUAUUACUAACAUUGUUCACAAUUCAUCAUUAUUAAGCUGACUUUAUCUUUCUUCAUUCUUGAUGAUUUUCGCGAGCGAGACGCACGCAGGUUUCGUCGUCACCCGGCGGACUCGAGCCGCAGUCAUCAUCCGGUACGUGUACUACUGCCGUUUUGGAAGUAGAGCGCUGACCUCCUCCGAGGCUAAAAAUACGCCUUUGAGCGGGGAUGGGAAAAACUUGUCCUCAAGGGUCGCAUUCGAUUUUCAACACCGUUUACGUUUUAGUUUCCACACUUUGAUGUUUAAGAUCAAAACAUCAUCAUCAGAGACAACCCAAGAAAACCAAAUGCAGUUUUUUUUUUUUUUUAAAUGGGGAAAAAUAAACGACUCAAAGUUACCUGGCCCUGUGUGGGGAGAAGUAGUGGCCCCUCUUUUCAUUGUACGAUAUUUCAUAUUUAUAUUUGACACUGCUACUUUUGUUGAAACCAAAAAAAAUGGUUUUGUGUUUGUACGUUUUCCGGGUGGUCGGAACGGAUUUAAGGGUGUUUCAAUUCAUUUCAAGAAGGAACAUGGACUUGAUAUACUGCUCCAGUACAUUUAUAACCCUGUCGUAAUAAAUGUUUUGAAAAACAAAGCUUGCGACGUUAAUCAGGCUGAAAUUAUGGUCUGUAUUCGUCGUGGCGACGGGUGCUGAAAGCCAAACGCCGACCACGUUCGGGCGUCGGAUAUCUGUGCGCCCGUUCCCAGCGCGCAGUAACGCAAAUACAUGACGGUAAUUGAAGGCACUGACCUGUUUCUUUUUAAAAAAUAAAAAAAUAAAUAAUAAUAAUUCUUCAAUUUGAUCUGCGCGUCGUGGAUGCCGAGUCGUGCGUGCGUGCGGCCGCCUCGGGCAAAGUGAUUGGAUGUGGUGGAUUAGUUUUUAAUAGCAUCAAAGUGUUUGUGCCCCUUGCUGAAAUAUUCAGCGAACAUGCAAACGUUCGGAGCUUAAAAGCGGCAGCUGCUUGCGUCUGGGAGUCCCAGAAACUUAAGAAUCAAAAGUAACGAAGAAACACCAGGAAAAAAAAAGACACGACCACGGAUGUUACUGACAGCGACAAAAACGACCCGACAGACGCACCGAACGCAGGGAAAUAAAGCCAAACAAAUUGACCGGACAACGAGGCACACGUGGACAAGACACGAGCGCAUGGCGGGAGCCGGCCGGUUGACGCGAGGUGGAGUGCCGACAAGAACGAGCUGGAGACGAAAGCCAAACGAGCGGACGAGACGAACGUGUGACGCAAGAAAAAAAAAUGAAACAAACGAAAUCAAAACCGGGAAAAAAAUCGACAAAAACGUCAAAUCAACGAUAAAUAUUUUUUAGAGGGGAAAAAAAUGUAAUGUGAGGAUAAAAAUCUUUUUUGGGCGUUGGAAUUAAAAAAGCAUAAAAGUCAGAUUUCACCAAUGCACACGUUUUGAACCUAACCCGCUAUUUGCUGAAAAACGAUGAAAAGUAGUGCUUUGCCGCCAUCGGGUGGCAUCUUGGCGCAAAGGAACGAUGGUGUGAGUUGAGUAGCUUCAAUUAGACAGAGUACCGCUUUGCUGCCAAGGAACUAUGUUGAAGUGAGUUUUGUGAGGAGCUCCGUUGGCAAGUAAAGUAGUGCCUUGGCGAGACGACGCCAGAGAGUCUCGACAUCUGACUUGGAAGCGUUCUCGAAGUGCCGGCGGAAUCUCGGGAGUUUGCCUUCGACGAGAACAAAAGUUGCUUCUGCCGCAUCCACUUUUUGGAAUGAAUUCCUUUCAAUGUUUUUUUUUUGGGAGGGGGGGGGGGUGGGGGGGGGGUCAUCCACUAAGAGUCGGCAUUGGUCGAUGGAGUGAAACGUUGUGAUGUGGGAGCAACAUGAAACAUCAGGCUGACUAUUUUUAGGAGCUUCUUCCACACCUCCAUCUCUCUCUCUCUCUCUCCCUCCCUCCCCCUUCUUCCUCGUCUCUCGGAAUCCCGCCACACUCGGCAGCGUUCGACGGGCGACGAGGACCCGAGACCGGUUGAGCGUCAGGAGCGUGUCGAAGCUCAUUUAAAAAAAAAAAAAUAAUAAUAAUAAUUUUUUUUUUUUUUUUUUUUGGGAACACCCGCGUGAACUUCUCCGUGUUUUGCCGCAUUGUGCCGGUCGAAGUUGAAGCCGCGGAACAAGCGCCUGCCGGGCACGGAGCCGUCGCGCGGUUCUGCUGUCCUCAUGAAUAUUGAUGGACAAAGCUAAAGCGGAGGUUUGUUUCGUCGGCUUCUUCGUGCCGCCGAGAGACGACGAGCGAGGAGGCAUCGUGACUGUGGCGUCGGACGAAGGGACGUUUUUACCGUUCAUCCUUCAUCCCGAUCAUCUUUUUUUGCUUUUGCGAGUCCACCUGAGGGCAUUUAACGGAGGCCGACCGCCUCGAUUUUCAGCGUCUUCGCUCUCGGACGCAACUUUUCAAACUUCUCACCGACGACGGAUUGAAAUAAAGCCGACGCGUUUUGGAUCGCUCGUCGUCGAUGGAAAACAUGAAUGGCGUCUAAGUCGUGGAGAAAAAAAAUAAACCGUCAUCUGGAUUGAAACGGACGUCCGCGAUGUAAAAUUUGCCAUCAAGGACCCUUCAGAUGACGUCGUGGAAAAAUAUAUUCGGAAGUUUGUGGCUGAAAGCGACCGCAGAAGCAUCCUGAUGAAGCAAGCGGAAUUGUGAUCAUCGUCGAGGAUCCUUUAGCUGUUGUAGAACUUUCUCCGGAUCUCAUGACGCAACAGAUCUUAAUGAGGGGAAAAAAACUCUUCUCAAGUUUGUGACUGAACGUCUCACAGAAGCACUUGGAUGUCCGCUUUUCCACAUACAAACGACGUCGUCGUCCGGGUUGAAACGCAAUUCCAGAAAGUACAUUUUGUCAACAUCGAGGAUGCUUCAGGUGUUGUUGUAGAACCUUCUCCAGGUCCCUGCGCUCGAUGUCCUGAGGCGACCGUAGUCCAACUCCUCGGACCCUCGGACAUGACGCCCGAGCCGGCCUGAAAUCCGCCCCCCUCUCCCCCCCCCGCCCGGCUGGGGCAUGGCGGCGGCCAUCGCCAGCUCCCUGAUCCGACAGAAGCGUCGGGCCCGCGAGUCCAACAACGAGAAGGUCGCCGCCAACAAGAGGCGCUCCAGUCCCACCAAGGAGGCCCGGUCUCUGAGACACAUCUUCAGCGUCUUUAGCAAAGUCCGCUUCUGCGGCGGCGGCGGCAAGAAGAAACCGGUGCGACGGAAACCAGAGCCGCAGCUGAAGGGCAUCGUGACGCGUCUGUUCAGCGAGCAGGGCUUCUUCCUGCAGAUGCAACCCGACGGAACCGUCAGCGGAAACAAGGACGAGAACAGCGACAACACUCUCUUCAACCUGAUCCCGGUGGGCCUGCGGGUCGUGGCCAUGCAGGGCGUCAAGGCGGGGCUCUACGUGGCCAUGAACGCCGAGGGCUUCCUCUACACGUCGGACAUCUUCACGGCCGAGUGCAAGUUCAAGGAGUCGGUGUUUGAGAACUACUACGUCAUCUACUCGUCCACGCUGUACCGGCAGCACGAGUCGGGCCGGGCGUGGUUCCUGGGCCUCAACAAGGACGGCGUCGUCAUGAAGGGGAACCGCGUCAAGAAAACCAAACCCUGCUCGCACUUUGUGCCCAGACCCAUCGAAGUGUGCAUGUACAAGGAGCCGUCGCUGCACGAGCUGGAGGAGAAGCUGCUCAAGUCGUCGCGGAGUCCCACCAUCAACGGCGACGAGCCGGCCGGGAGCCCCCGCAGAGCCGCCGCCGCCGCCGACGACGACGACGACGACGACGACGACGACUGCACAGAGCGGGAGGGCUCGUAGCCUGCGGCGCCCCCCGCUGGAGGAACUCCCAUGUAACGCCCCCCCCCCCCCCCCCCCCACUCUUCAGCACCAAACAAGCGGGAAAAAAAGAAGCGUAAAAAAAGGGCAAGAAUCCUCUUUCGAUCUUCUUUUGGC